AAACACAAGUUUAGUCGAUUUAAAAAAUGGAACUUUUUCCGAUAAAAGAAAUUUAUAUUUGAAACUAAAACAAUAACAGUAUGAAGGCAGCAUCUUCACCAAGGCUCAGCCGCCUUGGAUACUUGCAUCAGCGUAUACUACAUCAGAAGGUGGUGGGGGAACAUGAUAUGAAAACAGAUUUAAGGCGAUGCCUUUCUACUCCACAACUUACCCUUCUGGGUAUGGGAAAUACAAUUGGUGUUGGCAUCUACGUCAUGCUUGGCGUCAUUGCUAAAGAAAAUGCUGGACCAUCUACAGUUUUGUCCUUUGUGGCUGCCAUGUUUGUUACUAUGAUGAAUGCUCUGGUAUUUGCUGAAUUUUCUACCUACAUUCCCCAUACUGGAGCUUCCUACAUUUAUAUUUACAGGGUUUUUGGAGAGUUUGCUGCAUUUCUUUGUGGAUGGGUAAUGAUAAUUACCUAUGCAUUUGCUUCAUCCGUGGGUGCAAGAGCUUGGAGUGGAAUGCUAGAUUCAUUUUUUAACAAUACAAUACAGGCCCACACUGUCAGUGUGUUAGGAAAUAUUCAAUUUGGUCUUCCAUUUGCAGAGUCUCUUGAUGUCCUGGCAUUCUUCUUUCAGAUUUUUGUUGUUAUUAUUGUGUCCUGCAAUGUCCUGUGCUCUUCAGUGAUUAACACCAUUCUUGGGAUCCUCACCUCAUCUGUCCUUGUCUUUGUCUUUGUCAUGGGACUUGUGUACGGCCAUGGCAGUAAUCUUCUCAAUGAAGAUCAUGGUGGGUUUUUCCCCUUCGGUGUAGCUGGAGUAAUAAAAGGGGCAACGCUUGCCCUCUAUGCAUUAAGUGGCUUUGAGGUUAUCGCAAUAUCAGCGGAGGAAGCCAAGAACCCAGCUAAGUCGAUACCUCGUGCAAUUAUAUCUGAGCUGCUUCUUGUCUGCACCAUUUAUGUCGGUGCAGCUAUUGGGAUGUUGAUGCUGAUUCCAUACUGGGAAAUUGAUCUUCGCUCACCAUUACCAUCAGCUUUUGAAUACAACGGCAUCUUGUGGGGAAAAAUUGUGGUUGUGAUUGGUCCGUUGUUUGGUAUAACCAAUCUACAGAUGCUGGGAGUGUAUGGUUUUUCUCGUGUUCUUUACCGUAUGGCUAAAGAUGGCCUCUUCAUAGAUUGGUUCCUUAAAGUAAACAAAAGAACAGGAGUCCCGUUGAACAGUGUGUUCUUUGUGGGUUUUUUCACAUCAAUCGGAGCUUUGUUGUUUGACUUGUCGUACAUUGUCAGGGAGACAGUGAUUCUCAUGCUGCUGGCUAACAUCACAGUUGCUGCCGCGCUCAUUAAACUCAAGAUCACAGAGUCGCAAAAAUUUCUUUCUGGGGUCAACCCAAACCAGACGGAGAAAACUUUGCCGAAAAGUGAGCGAGAAUAUUAUGACCAGGAGGUGGUGGUGAGUGAAUAUGAAACCUGUGAGAGCACGGAGAGUGUGGACGUGGACGGAGUUGUCCCCCAUGGAGAUAACCUGCUUGUGGAUGUAACAAAUGAUCAACUCAAUGGUCAUUGUUCUGGAGACGGCCCUGAUGUUUCAAGUAUUUUAGAACAAAACCAGUUCUUAAUUCAGCAAAAAGUGAUGAACGAGAUUCAAGUGAAACAAGAUUCAGAUGUAAAUAAGGCAGACGACGAGGAAACAGAGGAUGACAGACCUGGAGCAGACCCUAAAGUUUUAUUAUCAAAACUUGAACCAGAAACACUGAUUGAGAUCCGAGAUAAAAAAUACGCAUCUGCUGCUGCUUUAUUUGUCUCCCCUUUAAUUCCUGGAAUACUCUCCGUGAAUGUUGUCAUGUUUUUGCAUUGGGCCACCUGUUUCUUCAUGGCCAUCCAGAUAAACUUUGGAUGGAGGGACCUCUGGGCACUCCAGCCUGUCAGUGUUGCUGCACUCUCUGUUUUAAUGUCAGUGGCCGUGUUCUUGUCAUUUCUGCUGGGCACUCAGUGUGGGGAAACUCAGAACUCAGGUUUUAAGACCCCACUGAUGCCCCUGGUGCCCACCUUGUCAAUACUCAGCAGUUCCCUGCUCUUGUUCUCAUCUGGGGACCUCAAUGGUUUCAUUGAAACUGUCAUUCUUCUCACUUCAGGUACGGUCUUUUACAUCGUUAUGGUGCUCAUCAACUACCACACCCAGCCGCGCAGCACUGAAGACUCAGAACAGAGAAAAGGUUUGGUGGGCGGAAGUGGGGAUGACGCUGAUGAUGAAAUUGAAUCGGAUGAAUUUUAAAUUACAAAAAAAAUGACAAUUCUUCAAAGUUGGUGUGAUUUGAUUUUAACUGGUAUAACUUUGGAGCAUAAUCUCCUCUAUCCAUAUGAUUACCCCAUUUAUUUUUCUGAAAUGUAAUUACCUAAUCAAUACUAAAAGUCACUAAAAAGCUUUACAGAAGUAUAUUUAUCACCAAAAAAUUGAUUUAUUUUUCUGUUGUUUGGGUGUUAUUCACAAACAAUUUUCUAACAAUUUGUGCAAUAAUGCUACCAUAAUUAAGAAUACAUUUUGAUAUUUUAUUAUGGGGUAAAUAACAAAAAAAAAUUGUAUGGUAAAAAGUGCACAAAGUAACAGUUUCUGAUACAACAUGUGAAAGUUUUCGCUGCACAAAUUUGUUAUGAUUCUACAACUUAAUGUAUGUUAUUAAAAAGAAAAAUUGU